AUGGCUCGAAUUCUUUUGACAGGCGGAAGCGGCUUUAUCGCCGCCCACGUACUUGAUACUCUUCUGGAGCGAGGCCACUCGGUCGUCACGACAGUCAGGUCGGAAGAAAAGGCCCGGAGGAUCAGAGAAGCACACCCAGGCGUUCCCAAGGAGAAAUUAGACUUUGUGAUUGUGCCUGAUAUCUCAAAGCCCGACGCCAUCAAUGGUACUAUGGGGAUCCUUCAUGCUAUCAAGAAAAGUGCUCCCACUGUCAAGAGAGUGGUGAUAACGUCGUCCUUUGCGGCUAUAAUUGAUACGACGAAACCACCAACUCACGUUUACUCCGAGAAUGACUGGAAUCAAAUGACUGAAGCAGAUGCGGCAACUAGUCCAUUCCUGGGUUACCGUGCAAGCAAAAAAUUCGCUGAAAAAGCAGCUUGGGAUUUUAUGGAAAAGGAAAAACCAAAUUUCACUCUUGCAACGUGUAACCCACCACUGGUGAUUGGCCCUGUGGUCCAUUAUCUAAGCUCCUUGGACGCAAUCAACACCUCUAAUGAGCGAAUCCGUGAUUUUAUCACCGGCGCAGCAAAGCAGAGCUGUCCACCCACUGCUAGUCCCCUCUGGGUCGAUGUCCGUGAUAUCGCGGUCGCCCAUGCGCUAGCAGCCGAGAAGCCAGAAGCUGCCAAUCAGCGAUUUUUUAUCGUUGCCGGCAAGUUCUGCAACAAAGACAUGGUGGAGGUCAUCUCAGACGAGUUCCCGGAACUGCGGGACAAGUUACCCCAGGGAGAAGCAUUGAAGCCUGGAGAGGAAGUUGCCGCGUUUGGGUUUGAUAACCGCAAAUCGAAAGAGGUCCUGGGUCUAUCAUAUCGGCCCUUUAGGGAGUCGAUUGUUGAUACUGUUAAGAGCCUCGAGCCUUUGCUUAGUCAAGUCGGCACGACUUCACCUAUGUAA